AGGAUGGCCCUGAAGGAAGGCAACUGUGGGACCCCUUUAAGGCCAAAAAAGAUUCCCUUCUUGCGAGUCCCGCUGGGGGCAACGCGGAGCUGGCAAGGCCGCACCGGGAAGCAGUUCCUGGGCUGUGGGUUGAGACUCGACUCUACCACCCUCGCCCCUCCCCGCCGCGCAUCCCUCACUCCUGGGGUUCGGCCAGGCAGAUUUCCUUUUCUUUCUCUCUGUUUCUCUGUUCUUUCUUUUCUUUUCUCUUCCUUUCUUUCUUUCUUCUUCUUCUUCUUCUUCUUCUUUUUUUUUUUUUUUUGUUUCGGUUCCUGCCGACCAGGCCAGGGAUCCUUCGCCAGGAAGACAGCGCCCUCUUUCUCCUCCGGCCGCGCCCGCCGCCUGCCUGAGCCCCCUCCCAGCUCCACUGACCUCCCCGCGCCUCCUCUCCCCCGCCCUCCCCGGCCCUGUCCCUCCUUCCUCACGCCCCUACGCCUCUCGGCCCCCGUAACCACCCCCGAGAACAACCCGAGAGAGCAGCGGGGUCCAAAGGCUUCUCACGCCCGGGCCUCUGAGCCGGCCCGGCCAGAACGCCAGACCUCAGGCUGCAUGACUGGGCGGAGCAGUCCCCGGCCCAGACGCGGCGCCGGAGAGCUCCAGAGCGGUCCCAGGGAGGGGGUUCCCGGCGCGGGCGGAAGGGCGGGGGUGAGGCUCUCGCUACCCCGAGGCUGGGCACAGCCGGCCCCAGCGGGGCCGCGAGCACGCUGCGCGGCGAGCUCUCCCGGCUCCCGGGCGCACCUUAGAGAGAAGCUUACCCCGGACACUAGGAUGACCGGCUAAACAUGGAAUCCGGGCCUGCACCCGGGAUGAUGGGUGGGGGUGGCGGGUGAACUUGAGUAGAGGUAAGGAAAGUUCUACAGCCUUGUUCCAAGCCCUACAAGCGUCCCUUGCACCCGCCGGCUGCCUGGAAGCCUCAUCCUGCCGGCUUCCAGGAGGGUUGGGCUAAGUACAGCAGCGGUGUUGGAAAUGUAGUUGCAAAAUACAAGCCCAGCCGGAUGGGCGAGACCACGGAGGGGCAUGCGUGAGUGGGUACCCUCCAAGCACCUUCCACCCAGUAUUUCAUUCCCCACAGCCCAGAGGACUGAUGCUUCGGACAAAUGCCGCACGGCCCAUUCGGGAGCGGAGGCAGUCAAGCUUCUGUUUGCGAAAAUCUGGAUCCUUUAGAACCCACACAAUGUACUUGGGUGGGGAUUAAAAAGCAUUUUUCAUGGCGUGGAUUUGCACCGACAUAGGUACAGGCCUGAAGUGCUCCUCUUUCCCCCAGACCGUUCCCGGCGCCCAGGAGCCACAGGGGGAGUACGCCUCAAGCUCACCCGGCUGCAGAGCGCAGGCAGCUCCCAGAAAUGCACUAAUUGAGUCACAAACCACCGGCCGCCCCUAACAAAGCGAUCCAUCUCGGCAGCUCAGCGCCCGAUUUGUCCGCAGCACUUUCUUCCGCAAUUCAGAAGCAUUAUCUUGGUUUUAAAAGUAUCGCAGCAGAAACAUGGCAAUUAUCCGGGGCUCCGGUUACGCUAAAUGGCUUUAGGCUGAGAAAUGGAAGAAUACAAAUGCCGCGAACGUGCUGAUCUCUUCUCUACCAGGCCUGGACAGGCGUAGGUGGGGCGAGCGAAAUUUCAGCCAGGGAGAGGGAAGUGCGGCACAAGUUCCCAUUCUUGGCCCUCUCUCCCAACGGCACCAAUCGGAAAGAAGUGAUGGGCCUUUAUCCCUAGAGGUAAAGUUUUCUGAGCCACAGUCUCCUUCAGGGAUCGGAAGAGAAGGGGUCGUAACCCGACAAGACAGGGCCAAGCUUCUGGCCUCGUCUUUGGGAACAGGUUGGGAGCUUCUGGCAUCGCUGGGGUAAGGAAGGGAUGAGAGGUCAAGGGUCAGAGAGUAAGAUGGGGGAAGAAUCCAGUUCCUCUUUGGACAACCACACUAAAAUUAGGGCAGGAGGAUGGCCCUGGGAGAAGACAACCAUGAGGAAAGAAGAGCAAGCUCUGAACUGGACUAGGGAGAGGCGUUCACUUCUGAGUGAGGGGCAGGCCUGUCCCGGGAGCCUGGGCGAACGCUGUAGAGUGGGAACCCGCGAGAACUGCAGAGGCCCAGAGACCACGAGGCGUCUCUGCACCAGAGGAAAACAAAACCAUUAAGACUCUUCAUCUCCGUCCGCUAGGAACAGCAAGUGGAUGGGAAAGAACCUUGACAACACAAAACUCAUUUACUAAUGGACUAGUUUUGAGUUUCUCUUCUCCGGGUCCUCAAAUCGCCCUGCCUGAGCCCUCGCCCUAUUCAGAGCUCGCGGGGAGCAGCGUCCCCAAGGAGGCAGAUGGACGGCUGCUCCGGCGCCGUGCCGCCGUCGGAACCUGGAAUCCCAAGGGUCGAGGGCACUUGGAGUUUCCGACCAAGCGGAGGAAAAAGAUGAAAUUGUCACUUCAGCCAGAAUUUGGGGAGUCUCCGCAUUACCCCAGAACGACGACGCUAACUUAUUGAAGAAACUCCUCCCGAAGCCCUUCCCUUCCAUACAUCUGUAGGUAGAGUAGAAUCCCCCUAUCUUUCUUGAUGGUAAAGGAAUUCCCAGAAAGCGGGCUGGGAGCCUCGAAGCAUCUCGCUCCAAGCCAAAAGGGAACCAAAUGGAUCCCGGCCAGAAGUUUUUGAACCAAGGCCUUAUGUCAACCCGGCCGAGAAAACCCAGCACCAACUUGUGCUUCCGCAUUGACUUUUCCAUAGACCGGUUGUGCAUACCCGGGGGUUACCUGCACAGAGGAGGCAUAGAAGAACUGAAACCUGGCGUUGGGAACCCCUUUCCAGCCGCGUUGCCCUCGGGAGCCGCGAAGCGACGAGGGCAGCAGCUGGAGUUGCUCGUUGUCUUUAAAUCUCCGACGCAUCUCUGUUUUCUUGUGAUUUGCAUUGACAGGAAAAGGUUUUAAGUUACUACAACAACUCAAACCUUUCUGUGUGCGAUUUAAAAUGGAUCAUUUGGUUUAUGUGGUUUGUAAAUUCAUGUCAUUUUACCUCUUUUAGUGGUUUUCAGUGAAAGCUUCCAUUUUGGGAAACCUUAUAUAUCCGAGCCAAUAAUUAACAUUUAUAACAAUUGGUUCCCCUAACCAAGGGAUCGAAAUAGCAGGUAGGCUCAUUGGUAUAAACCGAAUAGCACUUUUCCUUUUUAGUCACGCGAUCUACUGGGUUGAACGCUAGGAGGUUGGCGAGCCCGGGCAUGGCCUUCAAGGAUGAACACCAUAUCUCAUCAACCCAGGUGCCCGAAAUCGCCGCAUCCACACGGAUGUCUUUCCAGUUGUCGCCAACAUCUAGUACGUCUUGGUUCCUUUUGAAGAGAAGAAGCCGAAAAAAGGGUAGUCAUAUUGGUGUCUAAUUUUCAUCACUCCGCUCCUCUUCAUCCCCUGCAAAUUUAUACUUGCCCUUCUUUGUCCAAGAUAUGCCUAAUUUCCUCAUGCAAAAUUGUUAAUAAUAGAGUACA